UCACUAAUGAUUCAUUUUUAUUGGUUGAACCUCUUUUUGAUUAUUUCUAUAUUUUUUGGAAUACUUUUUUUUGGAACACCUUUUGAUUCUUGGGUCUCUUCUAUAUAUACAAAUACAAAACCACUUCUGCCUCAUAGAUUAAUGCUAUCUACGUUUUCUUUCUCUCCAAUUGCCUAUGAUGCAAGAAUUAAGCUUAGAACUGUUCUCCAACGACGUCGUUCGCUUAGACCUAACUCCUCCCCAAACAUCACCUACUUCUCUCUCCAUAGACGAAGAAGAAUCACCGGAGGCCAAGAUCCGACGGCUGAUAUCAGAGCAUCCAGUGAUCAUCUUCAGCAGAUCUUCUUGUUGCAUGUCCCACGUCAUGAAAAGACUCCUCACCACAAUAGGAGUCGUCCCCACCGUCAUCGAGCUCGAUGAUCACGAGGUUUCCUCUCUCCCCAUGGCUCUUGAAGAAGAAUAUUCCGGCGGCGGCUCCGUCGUUCUUCCGUCUCCGGCGGUUUUCAUUGGUCGUGAGUGUGUCGGUGGUUUUGAGUCCCUCGUCGCGCUCCAUCUAAGUGGUCACCUUGUCCCUAAGCUUGUCCAAGUUGGAGCUCUUCGGGUGUCGAUCUGCAUAGAGAACUGGAAGUAAAAAGAUAGGCAAACAAUAAACAAAUGUUGAUGCCCACAAAUGUCGCUUGAUUCAAACUCAUGCAAUGAAGUGUAAGCAAAUAAAUUGCACAUCUAAUGAUCUGAAAAUAAAAACAAAAAGUUGCCGACCUAUACACCUUGGUAGUUGUGGGAAUAAGAUUUUUCUGUGUGA